AGUAUGUGGUCUUGUAUAACAGACUUCUUCACCUACGAAACCACCAUGUCGGUGGUAGUGAAGAGCUGGACCAUCGGCAUCAUUAACCGUGUCGUCCAACUCCUCAUCAUCACUUAUUUCAUUGGGUGGGUGUUUGUCAAUGAGAAGGCCUACCAGGUGAGAGACACAGCUAUUGAAUCCUCAGUGAUGACCAAAGUCAAAGGUUUGGGAAUCUACAACGACAAGGUCAUGGAUGUUGCAGACUACGUCACUCCUACACAGGGAGCUUCAGUCUUUUGCAUCAUCACCAAAAUGAUCACUACAGAGAACCAAGUCCAAGGAUACUGCCCAGAGAGUGAGAAAAGGUAUAAUUGUGCCAAAGACAUUGACUGCACAAAGCACCUCAACAAGCCAGGAAAUUGUGGAAUUCUUACAGGGAAAUGUGUUCCUUUCAACACCACAGUCAACAGAUGUGAGAUAAAAGGAUGGUGUCCUGCCGAAAUCGACACCAUCAAGACUACGCCAAUGAUGGAAGUUGAGAAUUUUACCAUUUUCAUUAAGAAUAGCAUCCGCUUCCCAACCUUCAACUACACCAAAGGAAACUUCCUUCCUACCAUCACUGAUGAUUACAUCAAAAAAUGUAACUUUGACAUGGUCAACAACACCUACUGCCCCAUCUUCAGAGUGGGAGAUGUCGUCCGCUACGCACAGCAGAACUUCACUAAACUGGUAGACAAGGGAGGAGUGAUUGGAAUAAAGAUCGGCUGGAUAUGUGAUCUGGACAAGUCAGAUGACCAGUGUAACCCUUCAUACUCAUUCACCCGACUGGAUGCCAUGUCACAGAAGAAUGAUGUCUCACCUGGCUACAAUUUCAGGUUUGCCAAAUAUUAUAAGAUGGAUAAUGGGACGGACUACCGCACUCUGGUCAAAGCCUAUGCUAUUAGGUUUGAUGUUCUGGUCAAUGGAAAUGCAAAAUAAUUUAUGCAAUUGCAUGCAAUCUUGCUAACAUGUGGGAAGUUCAACAUGAUCCCUACGCUCAUUAACAUGGUGGCAGCCUUCACGUCAGUGGGAGUGGGCACAGUGCUGUGUGACAUCAUACUGCUGAACUUCCUGAAAGGAGCAGAGCAAUACAAGGCCAAGAAAUUUGAAGAGGUGUCAGACAGCCCGCUGGGUACCCAAAGCCAUGGGCUGCACCGCUCCCAGUUGUCACUCAGACAUAACGAGACCAUCAUGAGGUCCACUGACUCAGGGGGAUUUUCAACUAAUCAUUACAGCUGAAUGGACAGAAGCUACAGCCAAUGGUCAGGGAGCAGUAGACUGAGGACGACGACAAGGAUGUGUCC